UCAGCAGCAUGCUGGCCACCGUCGGGAGCCUCCUGCGCCUCCGCCUAGGGCGCAUCCCCUGCUGCGCCCCGGGAGCGCCCCCAGAAGCCGAGCGGCGGCCGGUCGCGUCUCUCUGGCCCCGGGGUCGCCCCCAAUACUCCAGUGGCGGGAGCCCCGGCGGCUCGGAGCCCCCAGGUUCUGCCGGGAAGGUCCAUAGGGUCCCCGCCGAGCACAAGCCGUCGCAAUUCGACAAGAGAAUCCUGCUGUGGACCGGGCGUUUCAAAGCGAUGGAGGAUAUCCCGCCUCGGAUUCCGCCAGAAAUGAUAGAUGCUGCAAGAAACAAAGCUCGGGUGAAAGCUUGUUACAUAAUGAUUGGACUCACGAUCAUCGCCUGCUUUGCAGUGAUAGCAUCAGCCAAAAGGGCUGCAGAACGACAUGAAUCUUUAACAAGUUGGAAUCUGGCAAAGAAGGCAAAAUGGCGUGAAGAAGCGGCACUGGCUGCACAGGCCAAGGCUAAAUGAUAUUCUGACAAAGUGUUCAUCGGAAUAUCAUCAC